AUGAUCCAAAGAACUGUCCUCCGCCAAUCCGCCCACCUAGGCUACAGCUUCGUUGUCUCCCCUCGAAUCUCCCUCGCCCGCCCCCAAUUCCUCCCCACACCCACAUCCUUCGCCCGUGUACAACGGCCGGUAACAGCAGCAGCAGCAUCGCGAUUUUACAGCUCCGAGCCGGAGGCGAAGAAUGACGAGGGCCAAGAACUGAAGUCAGAGGAGAAGAGCGCCGAAGAUCCUGCGAAGAAGGAGCUUGAGGCGAAGAACAAGGAGAUUCUGGAGCUGAAGGAUCGGUACCUGCGCUCCGUGGCCGAAUUCCGCAACCUGCAAGAGCGCACCAAGCGCGAGAUGCAGGCCGCGAAAGACUUUGCAAUCCAGAAAUUUGCCAAGGACCUCGUGGAGUCGAUCGACAACCUCGACCGCGCGCUCACCAUGGUGCCGGAGGAGAAGCUCAACGCCACGGAGAAGAGCGAGCACGAGAAGGACCUGUUAAACUUGUACGACGGGCUGAAGAUGACGGAGAGCAUCCUGAUGGCGACGCUGAAGAAGCACGGCCUGGAGCGGUUCGAUCCUAGUGUGGAGAGUGAGAAGUUCAACCCGAAUGAGCACGAGGCGACGUUCAUGACGCCCAUGCAGGGGAAGGAGGAUAACACGGUGUUUCACACACAGCAGAAGGGUUUCAAACUCAAUGGAAGGAUUUUGAGGGCGGCGAAGGUGGGCGUUGUAAAGAACGCAUAA